AUUAGGGCUACAUACUCUACAGUCAUGAGCAUGAGGAGUCUGGUGGUUCUCGCUUUCGUGGUAGCUAGUGCCUAUGGCUGUGGUGUUCCCACUUUCCCCCCUGUGCUGAGCAGGGUGGUGGCGGGAGAGGAUGUCAGGCCUCACAGCUGGCCCUGGCAGAUCUCGCUCCAGUCAGGCAGCAGCGGGCGCUGGAUGCACGUCUGUGGAGGCACCCUCAUCUCCGCUGACUGGGUCCUCACUGCUGCCCACUGUAUCAAUGAUCGCAACAGAUACAGAGUGGAGCUGGGUAAACACAGCCUGAGGGCGAGCGAGGAGGGCUCCAUCGCUGUGGGAACAGCAAAAAUCAUCACUCAUGAGGACUACAACUUCAUGCUCAGCCGUAACGACAUUGCCCUGAUCAAGCUGUCUUCCCCUGUGACCCUCUCUGACACGGUCAUGCCAGCCUGCCUCCCAGACCGGGACUUCGUCCUGCCCCACGGCUCUCCCUGCUAUGUCACCGGCUGGGGUCGACUCUCCACCAGCGGUCCUCUGGCUGACAUCCUGCAGCAGGCUCUCCUGCCAGUAGUUGGCCAUAACAUCUGCAAACAGCCCGACUGGUGGAGCGUCCUGGCAACAGACAAGAUGGUCUGUGCUGGCGGAGAUGGCAUCACUGCUGGCUGUAACGGAGACUCUGGUGGCCCCCUGAACUGCCAGAACCCCGAUGGCUCCUGGGACGUCCACGGCGUGGUGAGCUUCGGCUCUGGUCAGGGCUGCAACGUCUUCCAGAAACCCACUGUCUUUACACAAGUCAGCUCCUACAUCAGCUGGAUCAACACAAUUAUGACCAAAUACUGAAGAAACUAUUCAAGUACGUCUGUCUGCAAUAAAAACAACUAUGAUCUAAGA